CCAUCACUUCCUAUCUACUAUUAUCACUUGUCUAGUAUGCACAUUUACCAUAAUUGAACCCUCGAUUCUGGUUAGAACAAUAUUGCCACAAUAUCUUCGGAUUGUGAAAGAACCCGUGCACUUGCCCAUUUUCACGUUAAAGGUUCCAAAAGUGCCAGCCAUUUUGCGAGUAAUUCGCAUCCGAAAGACGCAUCAUGGAAUCCAUAAAAGCCGUAUUCUUCAAACCCGAUCCUCAAGUUCAAGUGCGUAUGCUCUUCAUCUCUAUGCUCGUUCCAUUUCCUCUAACUAAUUCCUUCUCCCAGGUCCGCAAAUGUAAUACCCUAAUCCGACAAAACAUACGGAAACUCGACCGAGACAUCGCAGCCCUUAAAGCCGUCGAAAACAAAACCCGCAACCUCAUCAUCGCCGCCAAUAAACGUGCUCAACGCACCCCCUCCCAAGCCAAGCAAGCCGCACAAGAAACCCGCAUAUUCGCGCGCGAAUUAAUCCGUACCCGAAAAGCCUCUCGUCGGCUCGUCACUUCAAAAGCGCAAAUGCAGAGUGUGAAUAUGCAAGUCAAUGAAGCCUUUGCGGUGAGGAAAAUAGAGGGGAGUAUGAAGGCUAGUGUGGGUAUUAUGAAGGAUGUUAAUAGUUUGGUUCGAUUACCGGAACUUAUGGGCACCAUGAGAGAAUUGAGUCAGGAGUUGGUGAAGGCUGGGAUUAUUGAGGAGAUGGUUGGAGAUAUGUUGCCAGAUCAGUUGGAGGAAGAGGACGAGGAGGCAGAGGAAGAAGUGGAUAAGGUGCUUGGAGAGAUAUUACAGGAUAGGAUGGGAAAGGUGGGUGCGACGCCAAAUCUACCAGCCGCGCCAGUACAACAAGAGGUUGCUGCAGAAGAGGAGGACGAGGAUGCAGAGGCUAUGUUAGAUCAGAUGAGAGGAAGGUUACAGGCUUUGAAGAGUUAGGUGGGAGGAUAGGGAUUGGGUUUUGUAUACUGUGUUUGGAGUCUGGUUGGAGUUUCGGUCGGGGUUCGUAUAUGCUUAGAGGCAUUCGCCAGUGACCUGGCACGGAUUAAUUAUACAGAAGGAUCAUUCAGGACUCUUCCUGAUUUCUCACGUUUAGGCAUAUCUAGUAUAUGCUUCAUGAUAAUAGAUAUCUUUUUGAAAUUGAUUAGACUCCUCUAUAGAAUGAAGAAAGAUAUUCAAUAACUGA